UGUCAAGCAAACUCAACAAAAUGGCGGAGUCAAAAAGAUUGUUUUCUUCGGAUUUAGGGGAAGGCUUGAAAGAUCUUAGUGUUAGUCCCCAAAACAUUUCGAACUCAAGAAAAGGCCACUCAGGUGCCUCAGGAAUUAAUGUGAGGGGGAAGGUUUUGAAGAAUGUUGAUAAAAAAACAAAACCAAAACUCUCUUCAAGUAAACCAGUGAGUGUUCGCCCAUGUAGCAACCAGAAAACGACUGAAGACAAACAAGCUGUAAAGUCGAAAGACCGGCAGUCGCGUAUCGAAAGUAGCUUUACACCGAAAGGUUACACAUCUCGUCCGAUUGUACCAGCUACUAAAGCUGAACUCCUUCCAGUCGCCCAUGCUAUGCACGGAGAGGAUUUUGCACCACGGGUGAAAGAACUGUUUGAUCCUGAAAGUAAGGCAGCUUUAGAAGCCAUUGAGACUGGAAUUUAUAUCGGUUGGAGGUGCCCAGACUUCAAACACGAUUGUAUACGCGUUGGCAGAUUUUCUAAAUGUUUUUGUGGCCACUUACUCAGCGAGCACAGAAAAUACGAUGGACAUAGUUUUCGUGUUCCUUGCGCUUUGGGUCAGUGUGAAUGUAAGGCUUUUGCUUUUGUGCCAUCCAGGGCAGAAGAAGUAGGCGAAUUUUGGCUUCAGCGUCGCGUUAACUUUGACCCGAGCACUUGGCGAGCAAAGUGUAAAUGUAAACACACCCACGAAGAACAUGCACCUAAUGGGAUGAAGAGGUGUCGCGUCAAAGGAUGUCGAUGUUCAACGUUUUUCUCAAACUUUCUUUGUUGCGCGUGUGAUAAACAUUGGGAAGAACACGAAACUGUAUUUGAAACAGCUGAAAUGAGAAAGAGUCAAGGAAUACCAUAUGGCGAAUCUUACCUCCCAUUUCACGAGUUACCAGAACUGCGAAAUGUAGUACUGACUGGUAAGAAAGAUGAUAACAGUCUGUUUGAGGAACUUGCCUCGGGUCCAUUUGCUAUCCCAAAAGAUGUACCCUCACCACUUGCCCUAAGACUGUCUGGCGAAAACCAGCGUAGUCAUGAAAAACAUGGCAGAUCACAACGCUUUUAAAUAUCGAAUUGAUGAUAAGCUAAUCAAUUUAUCAAAAUCAUUUUAUUUUUAGGGAGUGAUUGCUUAGUGUCUUAGAGCGAGAGGCUCGAGUUCAAGGUUUGGGAAUUGAACCUGGGCAUUAUUGGUGAGGUGCUAGUACCCUUGCCCUUACUUUACAUCUGCUUCUGCCUUUCCUUUCAACAUUAACAACACAUUGUUGCCCACUAAGGGCCAUUGCCAGGAAAACAUUGAAACUUGUUCGUAUUUACAUGAUACCCUCUUGCCCAAUCAGAGUAUGGAAAAAAUGGACUUUGACAGUGGGUAUAUAACAAUCACUUUUAUCAAUGCUGUAAUUAGGGACUCUUCAUAAAGGAUUUCCAUACGAAUUUACUGACUUUAAAGAGAAAAUUUAGGUAGAUUUCUUUAGUUAGCUAUCUUAGCAGUAAGAAAAGCUUCAAUCAAGCUAGAAAAAUGAUUAUUCACU